GCCGAUUCGAGUAAAUCUACGAACACUAACUUGACUCGAGAAGCUGUCAGAUCCAGCGCCUCUUCUCCUGAAGCCUCAUUAGAGUUUCUACUUUUCUGGGUCUCCAGACAUCAAAAGAAUGGGUACCACCUGUCGUUACUGUUCACCAGCAAACGAGCUGUCCCAUGUUUUCUUUUGUUCAAUAACAAUUCGACUCUUCUCUGCGUCGAGUCCAUCUCGUAAGCCAUGGUUGAUGAGUAUCGCGACGUCCCGUCCUUCCAGCCUUGGGGCCCCUUGAUCUCGCCAACUUACGAAAAUGAGCCCAUUACCACGGCUGAUAUCAUCAUCUCAUCCGUAGUCUGGGGAUUGACAUUGGUCAAUGUUAUCAUUGCGAUAUGGCUUGCUUGGGGACAGUCAAAGGCAUCACGCUCUCCGUUGCGGAGUGUGUACGUGUGGAUGAUCUGGCUGGAGUUGGUCAUCUCGUUCUUAAUGGGCCUUGAAUGCUAUCUGCAUUUGUUGAAGUACAUCAGGCCGAGCUUUGCGUUCUACUUCACCAUCCUCUUCUGGUGGUGUAUCCAGGUUCAGCUGUUGCUGCAAAUCAUCAUCAACCGAAUUCGUGUCAUCGUACCUGAUCGCAGACAUUCAAGGCACAUUAUGAUCGCAACCGCUGUAUUCGUUACUGCGAUUAAUAUUAGCGUCUUCAACAUCUGGAUACCGGCGCGUCUUCAAAUCAGUCACAAAUACCACGUCAUCAACGAGUAUUGGGAUCGUAUUGAGAAGUUCUUGUACCUCAUCGUCGACGCUGCACUCAACUGGUACUUCCUCAAGACAGUCAAGGCAAACCUGAUCAGCAACGGUCUCACGAAGUACAACCGGCUCGUUCGCUUCAAUCAGCGUAUCGUUGUCGUCUCCCUUCUCAUGGAUGUUAUGAUCAUUGCAGCCAUGUCAAUUCCUAACUCCUUUGUUUAUAUCCAAUUCCAUCCCCUCGCAUACCUUGUCAAACUAAACAUCGAAAUGACCAUGGCAAAUCUCAUCAAGCGUAUCGCCAUCUCCGCAUCUCGCAAGCCAGGACAGGCAUCUCUUGCCAACGACUUCAGAUCCUCCAACCUUUCGACAUCCGGUGCAAAGUCUGGCGGUACUGGCAUGGCAAGACAGUCACGCCGCGAAUCCCAGCACGAGCUUGCCAGCGUUUUCUCCUAUAAGGGUGACGUCACGCACUACGCAGAGCAAGACCGUGUCGUCAGCUUUGCGCCCACCGGAAACGAGAUCAAGAAGACCCAACAAGUUGUCAUCAGCAGCGAGCCAAAUCCGUUCUUCGAGCGUGAAAGGAGGGGGUCGAAUAUUGAGAUCACAGGGAACUAUGAGUCGAAAAAGAACAGCGUUAAUGUGGAUGAGAGGAGGGUAGUCCGGACAGGGAGCCUGGAAAGCGUCACAGAAGGCAGCGUGAGCGUGAAAGGCUUAGAUACGCCGAAAAGAGAUGUGAACGAUUACAGCGAUGACGAGGCGGCGCUUGUCGGGCGGCGGAAUAAAGGCUGGUAAGAGCCGAGAAGGUACAAAAAUAUCCACAUUACGCCGAUGAACAGACUAUUUAUAUCGAUACCCCCAUGGUUGAGUUUUAUGAA